AUGUCCUACAGCUUUGACGGAAAGGUAGCAUUAAUCACUGGGGCUGGCAGUGGUAUAGGGAAGGCCACUUCUUUCAAACUGAAUGCCCUAGGUGCUUCAUUGAUACUCUGCGAUUUGAAUAAGGAGUCACUGAAUAACCUCAAGACCGAACUUGAGGCAACACGUGCUGAUGUUGUGCACGUGUACAUACCAUUGAAUGUAGCGUCCAGCACCGAGUGUGCCUUAGCAAUCAAUUCAAUCCCGAGCCGCACGGGUACAAACAGGCUUGACUACCUGUUCAACUGCGCUGGAAUAAAUCCCACUGAUAUUCCAAUGACCAACACAACUGACGAGUAUUUCAAUCAUUUGGUUGACGUGAACCUUCGUGGGACCUUCAAUAUGUGUCGUGUAUGCGUGCCACUGCUGGAAGAAGGCUCGGUUAUUGUCAAUGUUUCGAGCAUGUGUGGGCUCAAGGGAUAUCCAGGAUACUCGGUUUAUUGUGCCACUAAAUUUGCAAUUGUUGGAUUCACAAAGGCCUUAGCACUUGAACUUGGUCCCAAAGGGAUUCGAGUCAAUGCUGUUGCGCCAGGUCCAAUUGAUACGCCAACGAUGGUGGGAAACACAUCUGGAAAAGAGGAGGACAAUGAAAGAUUGAAGGGGGGCGUGGCACUCGGACGAUUGGGUGAUGCCUCUGAGGUGGCGGACGUGGUGGUGUUCCUGUUCAGUCCCCAUAGCACAUUCAUGACUGGAAGUAUAGUUGAUGUAACCGGGGGUCUCCGAUGA